AAAUCUCUUUAGACACUCACUCUGAAAGAAAUGGAAAGAUGUCCAUUGACAGGGAAGAUUUAAAAAGGUCUCUGUAUUCAAAUUGGUUCAGAUAACUUCUACCAGAGAAUCCUGGCAGGAAGUAACAAUGAAGGGAAUCCAAAGUCUGAAAGCUUCUGGAUUGGCCCUGCUUCUGGUGGUUUCAUUCAUCUCCUACUCCUGCUGUGCUCCCCAGAGAAUUUUGGAAAGAAGAAACUGGACUCCUCAAACUAUUCUCUACCUCAAGGGGACUCAAGGCCGCCACUUCAUCUCAGAGGAGAACAGGAGGAAAGAUCUCUACAACAGACUACAGCCGGAAAAGCGCAGCCAAAGUCUAAACCCAAUACUUAUUUCUGAAGCUGCAGCCAUGUUCUUUAAGUCCCUGCAGAAACCACCAGAAGAAGCUAGAGCAGUAAACUUUGAUCAAUCAAGAUUCUUGGAAGAUAACCUAUUAAACUGGAGAAAAUGAUCCAAUUUACUAAAAAUUUUCCUUAUAUUUCUGUUGAAACCAUUAUUUAUGUGAAUAAAAAACAUGGUCUACACAUGGUCUAUAUUCUGAAGGAAUAUAUACAUACAAAUGUAAUCUCAGUUUCAGUUUUUAAGGAUAAUUAUUGAAAAAUAAUUUUAGCAGAUAACAUUACUUCUUUUUCUUUAUUAUAUAUUCAUUUAGUUCACAAAAUUAUAUC